AUUUCAUUAGAAUACAAGUGGUUUUUGUUAUCAGUGCUUGUUUUGUAAAUUUUUAUAUUCAUAUUUGAGUAUCAUUUUGUAGAUAUUUUUUAAUGGGACGAUAUGCAAUAUUGUACAUUAAUAUAACCUAAAAUACUUUUUGCGUUGAAAUCUGAUUUUGGUGGAUAUUAGAUUGAAAUAUGUUGUUAAGUGUAGAUAUGUAACAUUCGAUGAAGUGCGUUGCAAUGAAUAAUCUACAUUAAGCAAUUAUUUCUCAUGGAUAUUUGAUAAAGAAAUGGCUUCCACACCCCAUGCACAACGAGAAUCCGAAUGUAAAUUCUGUUGGUGAACAAUUUACUAACUGUCAACAUGACCAUAAAGCCAUCAAAGAAGUGUAAUACCGCUAAAAAUGAGGACAGCAGUGAAUCUCAAACCCACAAUUCUCAAAAUACAGCAACAAGGUCACAAAAUAGAUCUCAUACUCAUAGCAUUCCUUCAAAUCAUGCAAAUGGAGAAAUAGCAUUAUAUGGGAAUCACAGUAGCACAUAUGAAGAGCACUCUCCUAGUACCAGUAAGCGCCGUGUACGCUGCAGUCCACACCAUUCCACAGCAAGAUGCAAAUUAAGAUCAGAGAAUAAAAGAGAACGAGAGCCACGUGAAACCAAAAAGAAUGCUUCAAGAAAUAGCAGUCCUGUGCCAUCUUGUUCGGAAAAGGAGCCUAAAGCAGUCAGAGAGCAGUCGGGAUAUAACAGUGGUGAUGAAUACAGUCCAAGACCCGAUCAAAGGCUUACUGAAGCUGAGUGGGAAGCUCGUGACAAGCGCUUUGAAGCUCUCAUCAAUGCUAGGGGCUUAGAAGUGAGGGAAAUGGUUGAUGAUGGGGCUUGCCUGUUUCGUGCUAUUUCCGAUCAAAUAUUUGGUGAUCAGGAUAUGCAUUCUGUUGUGCGACAAAAUACUAUGGACUAUAUUUAUCAGAAUCGUGAUUAUUUUGCUCAAUAUGUGACAGAAGACUUCAAUAGUUAUGUGAAUCGCAAGAGACAUGAUAAUGUACAUGGAAAUCAUGUAGAGAUACAAGCAGUAUCUGAAAUGUAUAAUAGACCUAUCGAAGUAUAUAUAUAUGCAGCUGAGCCUGUUAAUGUUUUCAAUGCUACUGAACACAACAGUGGUUAUGAGCCUAUUAGACUAUCUUAUCAGCGCGGUUCACAUUAUAAUUCAAUUCGUAACCCAUGGAAAGCUACAGUAGGAAUUGGUUUAGGUCUUGCAGGCUAUCAUCCAGGUGAGGCUGAUAUCAACCAGAUUAACGAUGCAGUAAAGCAGAGUGAAGACUUGCUUAUUGAACAGACUAUGUUGGAAGAUAAACUCAAAGCAACUGAUUGGGAAGCGACCAAUGAGGCCAUAGAGGAACAGGUUGCUCGUGAGUCGUACUUGCAAUGGUGCAAAGACAACGAGCGUAGGAAAAAGCAAAGCACAUCACCAUCUGAGAGUAGUUCUACUGUUACAUCAAUGGAGAUUAGAGGGUCACCACGCUCUCGAUCUACAACUGGCUCAGCUUCUCCACAUCAAUUUUCUCACAGUGCAAAGCAGAGCCAUGCCACUAAUCAGAGAAAAUCUAAUGCAACACAUGAUUUUAUAAAUCAAAUGCAAAUAUACAAAGAUUUGGUAACAAUUGAUUUGGAAAUAUACAACUGCAACGGACUAAUGAAGGAAGAUGUUUUGCAGAGUUAUAAUCAGAAUCAAUUUUAUGAUCCAUACCUUUUGCGUUAUGUAAAUGCUGCACCCAUAUUACAAUUUCAGAAUUCAGAACCUGUAUUAUAUUUAAGGAAACCUCGGUGGUGUGAGGAAGAUGAAAGUAACUUAUUACAAACAAGAAAGGGAGUGCAAAACUUUCUUCCUGUAGAUAUUUAUGAGCAGAGAUUAACAAGAUCCGUUAGUCCGCAAUCCAAAUGUGAGCGCAUAAGUCGGAAUAAUAGUCCUUCUGCCAGGAGUUGUGACAUACCAUUUGAAACAUCGCGGUUAACAAGAAAGAAUGUAAUUGAUCUGGAAAACGCUCUUUAUGAAGUUAUUCAUAAUCCUGCUGUGAUAUCUUCUUACAAGAAAAAUGCACAUUCAAAUAUUUAUGUGCAAUCAAAUGAUUCUACAGGAAUAUGCAGUGAUGAUGAAGUUCGAACAUAUAGGAAAAGAAAUAGUAAUGAAUUGAGUGAUAUCAUAUCUGAUGAUGGAAUCACCAAGAAACGAGCGGCAUACAGUAAUACCUCUGAUGUGCCUUACAAUACUGAGGAAUAUAAACAAAUAGAUACAUUAUAUUGUAGAGAGAAGCAUGCAUCAGAUAGCAGGAUAAUUUUGAAAAAAAAUCGUGAAAAGAGAGACUGUGUAUCAAGAUAUGGGCGUAGAAUGUCUAGGAAUAUUGUUUACACAGAAGAUUUAGACGAUGAUAGCGUUUCACACAAUCUCAGAUCUCGAUCGGUUUCAUGUGCAAGCCAAAAAUCGUCUUAUGGCUCUCAAGAUAAGAUUCAAAGAAAAAGUAUUGUACGAUCACCUACCCAUUCCAGUUCUAAUGCUUCUUCUCGUGGGAGUCGAAGUGGUAGUCCUAUCACCGGAUUGAGUUCUAUUCAAGAAGAUUCUGUUCCAAGUGGAGUGGCGCAGCCAAUUGUUGAGAGAUCGGGUUCUCCGAAAGCAGGCACUAGUAAAAUGAGUGAUUUUCACCAAUCCCUCUAUGAAGGUUUACAAGCAUACGAGAGUAGUCGAACGGGUCAUAUGUGGGGCGAAGCAAAUGAUCUGCGAGUAGCCCUAGCGGCUUCGGAACUAGAAUAUUAUGCCCAACUGAAACGAACACAUGAGACGACGCGUCAGAAGCAUGAUCCAAUGGCACCAUCAACAUCUCACACAUCUUAAAGGAAAUCUGUCAUUGUUUACAUUUCGAAUAGUAUAUCACUAA